AAAUGGAACGUAUUGGACGGUUAGAUGUGAAUGUCCAAGUUCGAUUUCAGUAACUGUAACGGUUGUUUCAAGAAAAGACUGAAAAUUUUAUUUAAAAUAUGUACGUGUCAUUUUUGGUGAUACAAUAUAAAAUAUUUGUUCCAUUUCAAUAGUUCAGACCUAUAUGUCCUAAACAAUAUAGAAACGUGUUUAUAUAUAUGUAGACUUAAUUAUAUAGAAUGCCAAAAUCAAAGGAAUAUGUGUCAAGUGAUAGCGAAAGUGAUAGCGAUCAGGAAGAGCAAGUGAAGAAGAAACAGAAAACAGAAAAGGAAGAAAAAGCUGUCGCAAGUAAAAAGCCAAAAAAAGAAGUAAAAGAAUCAAAAGAUGAAGAUGAAACUGUGUGGGAUUUAGGUAACAAUCGUCAAGUAAAUGUUAGAGAUUUUAAAGGAAAGCUCUUUGUGGAUAUAAGAGAAAUGUAUUAUGAUAAAGCAGGAGAUUUAAAACCAGGCAAGAAAGGUAUAUGUUUAAAUAUGACACAAUGGCGUAAGUUCAUGUCAAUCGUGGAAGAAGUUGAUAGAGUUGCAAAAUCAAAAUGUUGAUAAAUUAUUUUGUCAUUGUUGAUUAAAGUCAUCUUACCUGAUUAUAAGAUGUACAUUUUGGGUUUUCUUAUUACAUUAAAAUAUUCUUUGAUAUUA